AUGCUUGCAUUGUGUUUGCUUUACACUUUAGUCGGUUUGAAAAUUACAUCUGAAAUUGAUCUCUAUAUUCCAAAUGAGGAAGAAAAUUCCUCUUUUUCUGAACCUCUAAUGGAGAAAUUCCUCUUCCUUUUGCUCAGUCGGGUUACUAUCAAUAAUCUCCCUAGACCAAUUCUAUCGUAUGGUGCAUUUCGGUUCCGUGAAAUGUCACUGAAGAAGGUUCCCAGUGCCUACAUGACUCUGAAGAAGGCCGAUGUGGAUUGCAUUGUUCUCGCCACAAAGUGGUUUAUCUGCCUCUUUGCCGAUGUCCUUCCAAUUGAAGUACGUUUUUCAAUUAUUUGCAUAAUCAUUUUCUCAAACAUUUAUCCUCAUUUUUGCUUUAUUGUAUUUUUACUGUUGUAUGCUAGCAGUCUACCUUAUUUCCUAAUCAGAGGUAACUAUUUUAAUUCGCGUUAUUUCGGCUCUUUUAUCCUUUGGUGUUAA